AUUAGUGGCCUCGCGGCCGUCUUUUGUCAAACUUUCUGUUUUCUCCCUGUUGGGACGCUUUAAAUAAAAGGCGUUACCAGCCUGGCCGCGCGACUCUACUGCUCCUCGGGUUAGAAGCGCGCGCGGCUCGGAGGCAGAUCCUCGGCAGAACACGCCCUGAUAGAAAAAGGUAUCCCCACGCUGAGUGAAACCCAGACGGACGCGAUUGUUGAGCCGGAUCACACAGCGCAGCGGCCGGGAUCAGCCGCUCCAAUAAUGCCCCCUCCGCAGGCUCCCACAACCGGACUCCCACGGAAUCAGACCGGGACGGGUUCGCUGCCACUCACCGUGGACUCACUGUGGACCGACGGCUCGGAACACCUGGAGACCCUGAAGGAGUUUUCUGCUGCGGCAGAGGAUUAAAUCCCACCAUGAGCAGGAAGACCCGGCGCUGGAUUUUCCAUUUUUUCAUCUGCCUCGGAGUUGUUUACCUGAAAAUCGGGGGGCUGUCGUCGGUUGUCGCGCUGGGAGCCAGCAUCAUCUGCAACAAGAUCCCGGGCUUGGCCCCCCGGCAGCGGACGAUCUGUCAGAGCCGACCCGACGCCAUCAUCGUGGUGGGAGAGGGAGUCCAGGCGGGCAUCAACGAGUGCCAGUUCCAGUUCAGGCACGGCCGCUGGAACUGCUCGGCCCUGGGGGAGAGGACCGUGUUUGGGAAGGAGCUCAAAGUGGGCAGUAAGGAGGCCGCAUUCACCUACGCCAUCAUAGCGGCCGGCGUGGCCCACGCGGUCACCGCGGCCUGCACCCAGGGCACUCUGAGCGGCUGCGGCUGCGACAAGGAGAAGCAGGGCUUCUACAACCAGGAGGAGGGCUGGAAGUGGGGGGGCUGCUCUGCGGACGUCCACUACGGCCUGGGGUUCUCCAAAGUGUUCGUGGACGCACGCGAGAUCAAGCAGAACGCCAGGACGCUCAUGAAUCUGCACAACAACGAAGUGGGCCGAAAGGUCCUCGAGAAGGGGAUUCGCCUGGAGUGCAAGUGCCACGGCGUUUCCGGAUCCUGCACUACCAAGACGUGCUGGAUGACGCUGCCUAAGUUCAGGCAGCUGGGAUACAUCCUGAAAGACAAGUACAACCAAGCGGUGCAUGUGGAGCCCGUCCGCGCCAGCCGCAACAAGCGCCCCACCUUCCUCAAGGUCAAGAAACCCCACUCCUACCACAAGCCGAAAGACACGGAGCUGGUCUACAUCGAAAGGUCGCCCAACUACUGCGAGGCCGACCAGCUCACCGGCAGCAUGGGAACGCAGGGGCGCCUGUGCAAUAAAACCGCUCUGCAGCCCAACAGCUGUGACCUGAUGUGCUGUGGCCGUGGAUACGACACUCACCAGUACUCUCACGUUUGGCAGUGCAACUGCAAGUUCCUGUGGUGCUGCUACGUCAAGUGCAACACCUGCAGCGAGAGGACAGAGGUGUACACCUGUAAAUAGGAAUAUUUAUUAGGGCACACACCUGGACUGUGCUGUGUGUGAAUGCGUGCGUGCGCGUGCGUGUGUGUGUGUGUUUGGGUAUGUGUGGCUUUUCUUUACAAAAUCACAUUACAACAGUUUUACCUGCCCUGUUCUGCUUCUGUUGAUUAUGAUGACGCCAGUGGUCGUUGGAUUCAGCUUGUAGGUCUAUAAUUGCUCCAUUAAUGUUUCAAGGUCAGAGCUUUUUCAUAUUGCAGACUACUUUUUAAAAAAUGUUUUUUUGGCAGUCCAUACAUAUCCAUAGAUGCAGUGGGACGAAUGUCAAACGUUGUUUGCUUUUCAUUUUGUAGAAUAGUAAUUUAUUGACUUAGAAAACUACUGAUCACAUUGAAAACACAGCAAAAACAUAAAUCCUACAAGGUCAUUUUUGUCCAGUUUAUACUGCAAUUAUCUUAGUAAACUAACUUUCAAGUAAUUUUUCAGCCACAUGUAGGAGCUUGAUUUAAGUCAAUAAUUUCUUAAAAGUUAUAAAAAAAUUACUACUUCCAUUGGCAGAUUAUUUAACUAAGAGAUUUUUCCCAUAAGUGAAAUAAUGUACCAGUGAAACUUACACAUUUUCAUCAAUUCUAAAGAAUUAUUUACUUAAAAAAAGCUCCUAUGUCUUUCCAAAAACUUACUCAAGAGUUAUUUUUGUCUUAUUUUAAAUAUACUAAGACAUUUGCACUAGAAGCUGGACAAAAAUAUUUGGUAAGAUUUUGUGUUUUUGCUCUUAAUACUCUCGCCACUACAUCUCAAAGCAGAUGGCGUGGAUGUCUAAAAAUAAUAUCUGCACUUCAAAGCAAAAUGUUUUGCAACUGUUUCAUUUUAUUUGUGGUAACUUAAACACUGGGGCUAAAAAGUGAAAUGAUUCCCAUGUAGGUUAACUUGACCCAUCCUGUAGCCUACAAUAAGAACUACUGACCAUGUGUUUAUGACAGUGUUGUUUUCUGCUUUCUGACCUUACUGGACUAACACUUAGCAGAAAACUGGCAGCAGCGAUGUUUUAUCUACAUGCCCACAUCUUCACAGUCAAUUAUUAAACCCAUGAGAAGGAAACAUUUCCCCAAGGUACUUGAUUUAUCUCAGGAUAAGAACCACCAAUGUGCAAUUUUCCAAAAUACAUAUACAGCUCCUGAAAUAAUUAAGAGUCCACUGCAUUGAAUCCGACUGAAAACCUCCUGGUUAUUCCACCAAAUAUUGAUUUCUGAACUCUUCCUGAGUUAAAGCAUUAGUGUUGUUGUUUCUAAAUGAAUACAAACUUGUUUUCUUUGCAUUAUUUGAGGUCUGGAAGCGCUGCAUCUUUUUUGCUAUUUUGACCAUUUCUCAUUUUGUGCAAAAAAAAACAAACAAACAAAAUCUUUGCUUGGAAUUUCAGAGACAUAUUGCCAGUAGUUCAUAGAAUAAAAGAACAAUGUUCAUUUUACUCAGACAUAUACCUAUAAAAAUCAAAUCAGUGAAACUGAUCAUUUUAAGUGGUCUCUUAAUUUUUUCUAGAGCUGAAUCUGCUCCUAAAUUGGGUCAAAAUUUAAGGAAAUGCAAAUGAUGUAGAGGGUGGCAAAGCGUCAUGUCUGUGGAAAAUAGUCAAAUAUGACGUAAGUCACAUUCAUGAAUUGCCAACUGAAAAUCUGCUGUCUUAUUGGACUUUCAGACUCUUUACACACGGGAAUGUUUUUUUCUCAAAACAGGUUGUUGGUAUCAAAAACGUCCAUGUUCACACAACUCCGUUAGAAACGUUUUCAUCCACAUAGAAACACGGAGGACCGCCCAAAACGCUCUCCUGCUAUCAUACUCUCCCAGACCUGUAAGUGGUGCUAAACAUGGAGUAGUGUGUGAAGCGUCCGGUGUGGUAAUGCAGCAUACAGAGAACUACCUGAAGUUGACUAAUGGGGUUCUGUAGCAGCUGCAACACAACCACAGAUGUGUAGUCCGCCAUUGUCUUCGUUACGUCUGACAUGUUGGGAGUUAUGAGUCGGGUUAAUGGUUGGGCUGAUAUGUCAGCGUUACCCAAGGGCAAGACUUCUGAAAACCUCUACGGUCCCCAAAUACAGCAAAAAACGUAUCAGUUUUAGAAAAUAAUAUUUUUCUGUGCAAUUGGUCCAAAACUGCCACUAGUUGUUUUUAGAGCCUGUUGAACUGUCUGCUGAGAUCAAUAGGAAAAAGUUGCUGAACUCGUCCAACCUGCUGAAAUGUUUCAGGUCAAUCCAGUCAUAAUUAAUUUCUCUCCUCCCUGCCACCCACCUACUAAACCAGUUAAUGGGAUCAAGAUAUACAGAGAGGCAUUUUUAAGUCAUGAGGUCAAAUCUGCUAAAAAUAUCUGCAAAAUUGUAGUUUGGAAUGGUUCAGAGUCCUUUUAGUGAGAUGCAAGAGGACGUGACUGCAGUAUUACACAGUUUAAUGGAGCAAAAGUAACCGCUACUGGGUAGAAAUUAAAGGAGCAACACGCAUUACUGAUAAGGCAACACCGAUUUCAAACUAGAGCUAUCAGCUUAUAGCGUGACUACAUAACUAGUUAAUUAGCUUUUUUGUUCUGCUCUUUGUAGAGCAAUCCUGGAAAGAUAACCAGCUGAUAUUAGCUAGUUAAAUAGUCAUGCUAUGAGCUGACGGCUCUAGUUUGAAAUCUAGAGCUAAUUAGCACAAGAUUAGCACCUGUAGUACUACACCUUUGUGUUUGUGCUGCAACUGUUAGCUUUGCUACUGGCUCUAGUUUAGCUAGCUAAAAGUUAGACUAGAGCUAGACUAAACUAGAGCUAUCAGCAUAUAGCAUAACUAUUUAACUCACUGAUAUCAGCUGGUUAUACUUCCAGUAUUGGCCUACAAAGAAGCAUCAGGAUUCUGUGCCUUAAGCAACACUAUAUAUCAACUCAAGAUUAUGAUUCGGUGAGAAUCUCGCAUCACUCCAGGUCUGCCCUUUUUCACCAACAUGUAUUAAAAUCAUUACUUGCUAGAACCCCAGUUGCACCAUGAUUGUGAAAAUGAUGUGCUACGAGCUGUGGAUCAAUGUGUGUAGCUACUGCAAAGUCUUUCUUGAGAUUGUUUUUUUUUUUUUUUUUUUCCUGUAAAUGUGCUGCUAGGUGUGUUGUUCUGUUUUAAGUUAUGGUGUUUGUGACUGAGCAGCCAUGUUGACUCUUCAAGCUAGCAGUGUGUAGGAAGUGUAAGACAAACAUUCUAUAAAUUGGGUUGACAUAAUAUAUUUUUUAAGAAAUUAUAUUUAUAUAGACUGUCUUUAUUUGUAUUUUUUUUGUAUGUCUGUGUAAUAGCUGUUCGCUAAUGCACUCAAACAGCUAAGAGCGUAGCUUCAAACGGCUGCCAUUAAAAAUGCUAGUGCAGUG